GAACGGGGUGGUCACGAACUACUUCGGCCUGUUUUCUUUUUGUAAAAAAACCAAGCACAUCAAACAACACCCCGACUUUUGAAAAAAUUUUGUUUUACAACUUUGCAAACUUACGGUUACGGCUUCUAUUUAAUUUUGCUUUACAUCUUCACAUACUAUAGUACUUCUUGAACUUUUACUUUUCACCUCACUGAAUUGAAUUGAAGACAACAUCAUAACGACGAUCUGUAUUUCGCACCGAGUAAGUAAAUCAAUGCCGUAGUUUUCUUUCGUUCAGUACCCACUACAGCAUUCGACGAAACCCAAAUUAUAUAACUUUGAAAAAUCAUUCUCUUCAACCACGAUGACAAAACAACGAUGAAACGAGAACCAUAACGAACUCGGUUAUUUCUCUUCGCAGAAACGGAGCGGAAAGGGGCUAAGUGACCGCAACGAAAAACUUCCUCACUAUCGAAAAAGCCGGACGAGUUGUUUACUAUCAUCGAGCACUAUCUCCUAUGGGAUACGGAUAGUGCGAAAUAAACGGAAAGUACUGUAUGUAGAUUUGUUGUUGAGGAGGUGGAGGCGCUUGUUUCGAAUUUGAUCUCGUACUAGUGGUCUAUAAAGACGGAGGGCCCGCCAGGUGGCCAAUGUCUCUUCUACUGUGCCUCCUACCAGCUUCUCAAACGUCAGCAGCGUCUUUUGCGCUACAUAAGUACUCAAAUGUCCUGUCAUCUCUGAGUAUGUUUGCUCAUGCCCAUCCUCUGAGAUGUUUAAGUUUAUAUGAACAUAAAAACAGGCACAGCUGCGACAGCCGCAGUCGCCACGACAACGGGAAUGGAGUAAAAAUCGGCCGUCUUCUAGCAUCUUCCGGUUUCCUGAAAAUAAGACCACCGCAGUCAGGGAAGAUGGUGGUGUCGCUUCUCUUUCCGCGAUUAAGAUAUCCUGUGUAAAAUACUACGAGGAUCAGCUACGACUUUUAGUGCGCGAUAUAAUUAGCAGGCUAUGUCUUUGCGGAGCAAUGAUGAAGAUGCUGGUACGACCAUGUAUUGAAACUUCGCUGCAAAGAAAGUUGUUCAGAAGUUGUAAUAAGGAAACAUAGUUGGGCUACGCUCGUGUUUUUUACGCAGGAUAAUGUUCAUAUCAAAGCGGCUUUGCUCCUCGGUCUCUCUGUCGCCGGGGUUUCGGGGUUUGACAAAAAUGCAGCCGAAAACCCGCCAAGCUCGAUUGCCGCCAAGUCUCCGCCCAAUACGGAGACUCCAACGGAUGUCGUCGGGGCCGCGCCUAUCAUGGCCGCAGCACCAGCAGUUUCCCCGGUGCAAGUAGAAGAAGGAGAAACUACAGAUGAGCGGAAGUUUUUAUCGCCCCGCCCGGGCGCCAAGCGUCACUGGCUGCUGCAACAAGGCACCGAUUGGAACAUGUCUUCAUUUUCUUUGUUCCAAAGAACAACGUCGGGUGCGACUCCUACUUCGAGCGGUAAGAGCGAAAAUCCGAAUGGUGUUUCUGCGCCAACAAGAACACCAGGAAGUACAGACGGCCGGGAAGAUGUUCAACAUCAAGACGUUCUUGUUGAUGGCACGAUUGUUUCUUCUACACUGUCUAGUACUUCACCCAGCGUCGAAAGCGGAGACCCGCAAGAACCACCGGCCGUCGACGUCCAUUCGGAAAAAUCCGAAUUUACUGCAUCUCCAGCUUCCGGUACUGGUGAGGGAGGUUAUGAACUGCAAAAAUGUCUGGCUCUGGAAGAAUGCAACUUGUGAUGCUGCAUUUGGAUUCCAAAAAAAUCUGUAUUGCAUGAGUAGCAAACGGAGUAUAUAUUUUUGCUACAAGGAUAGGUGGGCAUUCCUCAUGCGGAAUAGGCAUCAAGAUGCCCUCAAAAAGUCUGUGGUGCUAGGGCGUGCAUCACAGACAUCAUGGCUCAUGCAAGACGUGCAUCACAGGUCUCAGAAUCUUCCAGACCCAGUCACUUUUGCAGUUGAUAGUAAAGGUGACGCUAGUACAGCGACCUCCACCAGCUUCCUGUUGGAACAAGAAGCAGCAGCGGCAAGAACUCUGACACAAGCAGGAAGUACAGGCACUGGGUCCUCCACCUCCAGCUCGGUGUCCGCUCGGCCUCGGAAGAAGGCGUCCCGCCGAACCCCUUCUUCCAUGAUCCGCCUUCCCAUCCGCCGGCGGCGGCGUUCUCAAUCGACGUCGUCUUCGUCCACCUCCAAAUCGCCUGAUCAGACUCCGUAUCAAAUGCAAAAGUCCCUGGAUGUCUGGAAGAUUAGAACUUGUCAUGCUAAAAAAUCUGAAUGAUGCAAAAAUCUGUGUUGCGUGAGUGCCAAAAGGUGUGCGCUUUUGACCAAGUUUAGAGGGAGCUUCUCACGCAGGAAAGGCAUGAUAGGGACCACCUCAAAGAAUCUUUCAUGCUGGGUCUCGCAUUCCAGACCUCCUGGGUCAUGGAAAACCUGCAUCACAAAUCUUGCAUUCUUCCAGACCCAGACACUUUUACACUUGAUACUCCGAGGAGGUCCCGGGCCGCCUCCGCCCGUUCUCACAGGACCCCCCCCAGGAGGUCCCCCCGUCGUGGGCGGCGUUCUCGAUCGACGUCGUCUUCGUCCGACUCCGCGCCUAUCACAAGGGAAAAUUAUGCCCCCUCCCCAUAUCGGAAACGAAAUUUGUGAUGCUGUAGUUGCGUACACAAAUCGAUUUGUAUAUUUGCUAGAAGGCAAGAGACGCAGCUGUGGCCUGAAUUUUUGCAGGUAAUUAUUCAUGCUGUUGCCCACGACUUCGAGUUGCUUCCUGUCAUGUUGGAGAUGCAAGGUCGUUUUCCUACGCUCGCCAGCACUUCUACAGUGAGGCCGCAGCAGCUUUAUUUGCCUUCUAGCAUCACAAAACUGGUGGGUUGUCGUGGCCACAAGUCUGCAUCACAGAUAUGGGAAAACGAGUAUCCAAGAAAAAAACAUUGUAGGUGUAACUUUUUUGGAGGAACAGCAUUACAAAUUUGUCUGGCAUGACAGCAGAAACCUGUCAUGCGCAGAUAGUACGCGAAAACGCCCUUUAAUGGACCCUACGAUGCAUGCCAAGCAUGACAGACGCAAUUAUUUUGCAUGUUGCGCAUCACAAAUUUACACUAACAACGUUUUUUUCUUGGAUAACGAGGGAACGUUUUUCAUUGUGAUGUCCUGUUCGGACGCGACGAGCGGCCAAGUUAUCAACAGGAAAAAUCCCCCCUCCCCAUAUCAAAAUGAAGUCUCUGAUGCAGGAUUUGCGUACACAAAUCAGAUUUGUCUUGCUGGGGAGGAAUGCAGGCCCAUACUAAGCCUAAGUCGAGAGGUUUUGACCUAGGGGUCUAGCAUGAGAAACGUCCACGCUGUAGGCCCAUCAGCAUCACAAACCGCCUACACAAUGCUGCGGAGGUUGUGGCGUUGCCUUCUUGCAAGACACACGUGAUUUGGGGUCUCAAAUCAGCAACACAAAUUUUCGGAAACAUACCUUUUCGAUAUGGGGAGGGGGGAUUUUUCCUUACGAUACAAGUUGUGCAAAAUUCAUGGUACAAGGAACUACUCGAUAAAAGUGGAGGCAGGAAAGUAUGAAUUGCAAAAGUAAAAAAUAUCGCACUACGUAGUAAUUUCAUGAUGAUCGCAUUCGCAAAUUCUUGCUCGUAUAAUUUUCUCGUGAACUGUCUAGCCCUAGAUGAAAUUUCGUUAUGAUGUCUUGCCUAGGAGAAGGAAGCUGCCGGGCAUGAUUGUAAUUAUUACGAGUGCGAUACUUUUGCAAUGCAGAAGCAGAGCAGGAGUUCGACACGAUGAAAAAGCUGACAAAAGACGGCUAUCCAUUGCAACUGUGUUUUUGUCUCGAAAAGCGGGAGUUGUAUAUAAUGCGUGUCUUGCGCCAUAGCCAUGGCGAUCACCAUUCCUAGAUGAAAAUCUGUGUUGCAUGAGCAGCGAGAGGGCAGCUGCUUCCUCUGUGAUGUUGCAAAAACGCAAUUGAUAAUGCGUGCUUUACGAAUCAAAUUCAGUUUCAGAUGCAUUCCAGAAGCAAAAAACUAUUUAUGCCUAGCCGCUAGGCCAUUGGUUCUUGCAGGCGUCCCAAUCAGCCGUUUUCCAGACCCAGACAUAUUUGCAAUGCAUAAGGGCUUUCGCGACAUGCAAAAGAGGGGACCGAAUACCUUCAAGCAUCUGACCGACAAGGCUUUUAAAAAUCGUAAGUUGAGAAACGAGCAGGAAAUGCUUGCUGCGUGGGAAAAAGUACUGGAUGAGAAGAUGGUUGAAGGACGUAUCGGCUGCUCAGGUGUUUUUACCAUCUUCGUUGUUGCAACUACGAUUGGCCCCUCAACUACAAGGAUUUGCAAAUGCAAAAGCUGCACCAGGAUCAUUAAUAUCGCACCCUUGUUCAUCUUCAUCUUAGUACACGAUUGGGCGUGCUGUUGGCAAGUUCUGGACGAGGCUCAUCAACUGGCAAACCGGAUGAAGGUCAGGUUGCUGUGAAGAACCUGGCUCUUGUGGUUCAUGCUUAUCUACUGCAGCGCAAAAAAUAAAGAACGCCGCGCGUAGUUGCCUGCUCCAGUUGUUCAACGUCCUCAUGCUGUUCAUGCAUGCCGCACGAAGUGGUUCACCUCGUGGACUACACGAGACUUCUAUACUUAUUUCUUUUUUGUGUACAACUAGUUUUUUGUUCGCAAUUUAGAUGGUAAAAAAACUACCUGAGCGGGGCAUAGCAGGGGCCGAGUACUAUACGGAUACACAAAACCAAAACGAAGAAGGCGAUGAUGACACGAGUGAAGUUUCGGACGGAGGCGACCUGGCUCGCGUUUCGUGGACACCCACACCGUCCAAGCCCGGGGAAAAGAGCGCGCUGGAUAUUGGAGAACAGCUAGGCUCGGGCACGUAUGGCGUUGUGUAUAGUGUGUCAGGAGACGCCACGAAGGUCGUGAAAACAGUUCGGUGCAAGCAUUUUCGGGUCCUCGUUGGCGAGGAAGAUGGCGAGGAAGAUGAAGACUCAGUGGCUGACAGUGACGAAUUAUCAACUGUAAAAAUGUCUGGGUCUGGAAGAAUUCAUGUUUGUCAUGCUUGUCUGACAUGACUCUUAAAUCUGUCAUGCACGUUACCCAAGAGCUCCGUUUUUCUGUGAUGCAGAAGCGCAGUUUGUCAUGCAGAAUAGGCAACACCGAGGAGCUCAGAAACUUGUCAUGCUGAGCCAGCAUUUGUAGCCUCAUCAUGAGACGCCACCCAGCAUCACAAGUUUCCAGACCCAGACAUUUUUACAUUUGAUACGACUGUGGCGUUUUCGUGCGCGCGGAAAUCAUUAUGAACACCCUGCUGACCCAGGCAGCCCCAAACGCCGUGGUAACUUUUGACCGCGUUGUGGUGAUAUCAAAUGUAAAAAUGUCUGGGUCUGGAAGAAUGCCAGACUUGUCAUGCAGGUUUUCCAUGACCCAUGAGGUCUGGUAGGUAGGACAUAGCAUGACAGAUUGCGUGAGAGUUCUAUCAUGCCUAUCCUGCAUGAGAAACUCCCUCCCGACUUGGUCAAAACUGUGCGACUUUUGGUAAUCAUGCAACACAGAUUUUUGCAUGCUUCAGAUUUAGCAUGACAAGUUGCAUGCUUCCAGACCCAGACAUUUUUACAUUUGAUAGGUGACCAGGAAAGGGCAAAGCUCGACGAAUCUGGUGAACGAAGGCGAGACGUCUUUCCACUUUGUACUGGAGAGGGUUGCCAUUCCGGAGCUCGAUGAGACACCAGUCACUGGUGCAACUACUACUUAUGUUCAUGUUAGUGUCGACAUGAUUGCGGGCGCCCUGCGAUCCGCCGACGGCCUGGCAAAGUCGAUGUAUGCCAAAAUCCUGGAGCUUGGCGACCUUGGGUUUUAUGCAAUACAAAUUUACAACCUCCCCCGAACACGUAUACUACAGGAAAGAAACGCAUGACACAGUGAAAAUUUGUGUUCACCUCAAUACGUCGCAAGCCACUUGUCAUCAUCUUUAUCUCCCUCUACUUUAUAAUGCUGCUGGACAGAACAGAGCGAAAAGGUGUGACGUCAUGCAUGAUAAAUCACAGCAAGUAUUGGUAUUGUUGCUGUUUAUCUCGUCAUGGAGGCGCAGUAGUUUGACGGCGUGUAUGGGGAGGAAUUUGGUGUGGAUAGGUUUGUAUCGAAUGUAAAAGUGUCUGGGUCUGGAAGAAUGCGCGAUUUGUCAUGCAGCUUUUCCAUGACCCAUGAAGCCUGGAAAAAUGCAGGACCUAGAAGCAUGUCAGAUUCUGUGCGAUCUCUCUCAUGCCUAUCCUGCGUGAGAAACUCCCUCCCGACUUGGCCAAAACUGGACGACUUUUGGCAAAAAUCACGCAACACAGAUUUUUGCAUGCUUCAGAUUUAGCAUGACAGGUUGCAUUCUUCCAGACCCAGACAUUUUUACAUUUGAUAGUUUGUGCACAAUGACAUAAAAACGAACAACAUGGGAUUUCGGAGCGAUCACACGACCGGCGUAACCUCAUAUAUGGAACUGUCAGGAUCGAAAUUGACAAAAUCGAAAAAUUUGUGAUGCAUAAAAUGCAUGACGCGAAACACGUGUGUUGCAGAGCAGGCAAGUGAGGCCGGUUGUAGGCCUGUUUGGUGUUAUAGCUCGAGCUGCUAAAGCAGCAUGAGAGAAUCAGCCUUCUCUGCCUAAACAGCAUUACAAACUCGAUUUAGGCACUACCAGAAUUUGUCAUGCGCCACUUAGAAACUAGGUUCGAUCUGGAAUCCAUUUUAUGCAUUGCAAAUUUUUCGAUUUUGUCGAUUUCGAUCCUGACACUCCCAUAUCAUACGACCAGCCCGUAUUUUUUGACUUCGGGAUGUCCUCUAUAUCAACUGUAAAAAUGUCUGGGUCUGGAAGAAUGCAACUUGUGAUGCUGCAUUUGGAUUCCAAAAAAAUCUGUAUUGCAUGAGUACCAAAGGGAAUGCAAUUCUUGCUACGCUGAGAAGGCAUUUGUCAUGAGGAAUACGCAUCAAGAAGCCCUCAAAAAAUCUGUAUUGCUAGGGUAUGCAUCACAGACAUCAUGGCUCAUGCAAAACGUGCAUGACAAGUGUCAGAAUCUUCCAGACCCAGACAUUUUUACAUUUGAUACUCUAUGGAAGUCGACAAGAACUCCCUCUCGCUUCAUUUGUUAUGCAAAAAUGCCAAAUCCUCGGCCUGCCAGAGCCUUUUCAUCGUGUUUGCAUGGGAAGUUCUGGAGCCCCGAAAGACACUAAAGGCCGGACCUAGAAGAUCUGUCAUGCAAGCGCUGCAUUUUUGAGGUGAUCCGGAUUUCUGUUGCUAGAAAUAUACUACACAUGAGGCGGAGGGGGGGUUAGUGGUGCACUUUCAUAGCCUCCUUCGUGGCCGUUCAUGAUGAGAUGACGACUCCGGUUGAUCAUGAA